GUUGUAGUUCCCGUAGUCAGACUGUUUCCUUGUAGCCUUCAUGAGGCGGAUUCUGCUCAGCAGAGGGAAGUAGAUAUGAAAAUAGGGGCCAGGAUUGUGUGAAUUUCUGGAAAUAUGUCCAAGAAAAGGGGCAGAAAGCGUAGCAGUGGCGAGCUGAGUGAGAGUUCAGGUUUGUCUCCGUCGUCGACCCUAGACCCUAACAACCUGCUGGGCCUGCGGAUUGAGCACAAUUGGAGGGAGAAGGGCAACCUGACCAAGUGGAAAGGCACAGUGCUGGAACGCCUCACCGUCAACACCUCCUUGUACAUGGUCAAAUAUGACGGCUUCGACUGCGUCUAUGGCAUCGAGCUGUUCAAAGACGAGCGGGUGUCCAACCUGCAGGUUUUAACAGAGAAAGUCGUAAACAACAAGAUCAAGGUGCCCCACGAUGCGCCAGAGUUGGUGGGCAAGGCUGUGGAGCACCUGUUUGAGAAGGAGGACGGUGAGAAGAAUGAGUGGAGGGGCAUGGUGCUUUCUCGCGCCCCCAUCAUGACCAACUGGUACUACAUCACCUAUGAGAAGGACCCUGUGCUCUACAUGUACCAGCUCUGGGACGACUAUAAGGACGGAGACCUCCGCAUCCUCCCUGAAGCUGAGAACAAACACCUGCUGCCUGCGGACAGGAAGCCAGGCGAGGAGACAGAGAGCCUUGUGGGUAAGCAGGUGGAGUACGUCACUGAUAAGGGCGUGAAGAGGACUGGGCUGGUUAUCUACCAGGUUCCCGCCAAACCCUCCGUCUACUACAUCAAAUACGACGACGACUUCCACAUCCACGUUUAUGACCUUGUCAAAACCACCUAGAAUACAACUGGACCUUGUCAAAACCACCUAGAAUACAACUUGACCUUGUCAAAACCACCUAGAAUACAACUGGACCUUGUCAAAACCACCUAGAAUACAACUGGACCUUGUCAAAACCACCUAGAAUACAACUGGACCUUGUCAAAACCACC